AAGAUUGCUUUAUAGCAAAGAUAAAUGUUCCAAUAAGGCACAGGUUAUAUAAAACAACUUUAAAUAAUGUGGUGACGGUGGAAAACCAAAUUACGAUCCGGUUUGUGGCUUAAUCGUAGUGAGCAUUGAAUAUAAAGGAAAAAAAAAAUAAAAAAAAAUGACAGCCAAGUGACGAAGAGGCAACUAUUUACCAAACCUUCUCAGUGAGUGCGAUCUUGUUUGCGGUGUUAGAAAAACAAAACGUGCUGUUCGCUGUGUAAUUGGAAGAAAAAAAAACAACACUCGAGUAGUGUACCGAAAUUGUGGAUUUACAAAGUUCGAACAAUAAUAGAACACUCCUCCAAAAUGAUGUUGGAAAAUAUCGAUCUCGAUCUCUCCGACUGCACAAGUCGCAUUUUAACAACCUUCACGAUCGACUCGGCCGGUCGCUCACCAGCCAGCCGCCUGGCAGAACAGCGACAGCGUAGUGAACAACGCCGUCUACAUAUUGCGCCGCUCAGGAUGGAUAUUAAAUUCAUGUCGUCUCCUGGCAAGGAAAACGCCCCCUCUGAGGAGGAACUGUCAUUUUAUCAUGGUAAUAGCCCUCAAACAAGCCCUCGGGCAUGCAGUCCUUGCGAUUGCCCCGAUGACAGUGAACUGCUUGCCUCCGAGGUUACUCCCAACAAACAAACCAUUCUGACAGGGCUGGUUGCUAUUGGGAGCGCAAAUCGGCAGCGCCGUCCUCUAGAAGACUAUGAUCCUAACUCGAUGGAUUCGGGCUAUGGCGCAAGUGUAUCUAGUGAAGGUGCGAAGGGCCAAUCGAUGUUCCCUUUUAUUCAGCCGUCAGCUCCACGACAGGGUUCGACAACUGCCUCGCCGGCUGCUUCAAUGCGCAUUCUCAGUAGUAUGUCGUCGGAUUCGAUGGAAUCAGUCGAUGACAUGGAUAUGGAUUUACUCGAUAUGGAAUCGAUAGAAAGCACCGGUCAAGUCCCGAGCAAUCUCAACUCACUGAUCUGCGGCGACAUCAAAGCUACCAAAACUACUCCGGAAAAUAAAAGACCACUUUUCCGACGAUGUCUAAGCCUAUCGGAUAACCCGAUUGCAAGACGAGUAAAAAAUAACCUGCUCUUCGACUCACCCAUCAUUAACACUCAAUCACCAGUCACCAAGACCCCAGAACGGUUUCCUAUCGCACUUGACCAGGAAAAUAACAACCCGAGCCCGUUCCUCGCCCGCCCAGACAUUGCGCGUUGCUUCAAGCGCCCGGAACCACCCGGUGUCAGUCCGAUUCAGAGCAAGCGGCACAAAACCGAAGUUCUCACCCCCGUCAGCUCGCUGCGCUCCGCCGAAAGUACCUCCUGUCUCGAAAGCCCAACAGCUCAAUCUUUGCUACCAAAGCGACCCAUCCUGCACAAAUCCAUGUCCCUGAACGAUGCGCACAUAAUGAAUGCUUUGUCCCGAUCAUCUGUCGAGCCAGACCUUAUUGGAGACUUCAGCAAAUCGUACAUUCUCCCACUGACCGAAGGACGACACCGAGAUCUGAAAUCGAUUUCUCCCAGCACAAUGGCCGCUUUGUUGUAUGGUUCCUUUGAUGAUAAGAUUUCAUCGUUUCACAUUAUUGACUGCCGCUACCCGUACGAGUUCGAAGGUGGACACAUUCGUGGAGCCAAAAAUCUCUAUACGCAAGAGCAGAUUCUGGAGGAACUGAUCAAAAUCAAGACUGAUCCACCAAAAGUGGUUGCAGACGGACCCAAGCGCAAUAUUGUCGUCUUCCACUGCGAGUUCUCGUCGGAGCGAGGCCCCAAGCUUUCUCGCUUCCUGCGAAACCACGAUCGCAUACUUAACUCCGAUAGCUACCCAGCACUGCACUAUCCAGAAAUCUACCUGCUGCACGGUGGCUACAAAGAUUUCUUUGCUGUUCAUCCGGAUUUGUGCGAUCCGAUCGCUUAUCGGCAGAUGAUGGAUCCGGAAUUCGGCGAAGCCUACCGUCAUUUUCGCGCGAAAAGUAAGAGCUGGAACGGUGGCGAUGUGGUUCGAGGUUCAGCGAUUGCCGGGUCCAGUAGUUCCGGUGGUGGACUGAACCGGCUGGUCAAGUCGCGCUCGAGGUUAGUACUGUAGAGACGGGUGGUUGCCUACAGAGCAAGAUAACCAUAGAGAAAGAUGAGACUGAUCAUAUAAGAUAGUAGAGAAAAGCGCAGAUAGUAGAAAGUGGUGUAACGGGCAAGGCAAAAGAAGUUGGCGGCGUUCUUGUUUUUUUUAUAUGAGUUUUGAGUUUAUAUUGUAGUGUACAAAAACCGUUGGACGCUCUUUUUCUGUUCGUUUUGAUUUUUUUCAUAUGUUUAUUUUUAUUAGCAACAACUUCUUUAAUUUGGCAAUACUGCUUCGAACAAGAAAAAGAAAAAAAUCUGCAGAAACUAUCGAAAGCUGUUAAACUUUUUUAGAGACAAGGUUCGACUUAUUCGCGAUGCCCUUUUUAUUUGUUAUCUCUAUAUUAUAUCUGUGAUUCUGUGAUUUGCUUCGGUCAGAUUUGAACUGUACUCUAAUUCCUACUUGUUCGGAAAUGUAUGGUAUUACCAAUGAAAGCCGUUAGGACAAUACAGACAAUUUGCUAUAUUGUACAAGUUUCGAACCCCAACGACCACCAAACGAAUCGACUUGAAGGAGAAAUGGCAGAAGAAGCAUUUCCUUGUAAAACAAAACAAAGUAACCCACUUACCACUUCAGGUGACAGAGAAAGCGUAAUGAAAAAGACUGUAACAUUUGUAUUAAAUAUCAAUAGGUAAAAAAGCAAAACUUUGUGUAUAUUUGAAGCCCCCUAUUUCGACAACGCACCCCCAAUGAGCUUACCAUCUAAGGCCAAUCUAUUGUCAAGUUUUCUUUUUUUACUCUUUUCAAUGAUACUAUUGUCAACUUGACU